AUGUAUGUGAAUGGAUGUUAUACAACCAUUUUCAGCUUUGGUGACUCCCUGGCCGACACCGGAAACAUUAAACAAAUCGCCUCCAUAUCCCACACAGACGUUGAUGCUCUUCGGUGGCCUUACGGAGAAACCUUCUUUCAUCAACCCACGGGUCGUGCCUCCAAUGGUCGCCUCCUCAUCGAUUUCCUAGCUGAGAGUCUUGGGUUGCCAUUGAUACCACCGUUUCUGCAUGACAAGGAGGAUGACAAAGUGGUGGAAUUUGGACAAGGACUUAAUUACGCGGUGGUGGCUGCAACAGCAUUGGAUACAUCGUUUCAUGAAGCAAGAGGGACUGUUAAUGCUGCAGCCAAUGUUUCUUUAGGAGAUCAAUUGACAUGGUUUAAACAAUCACUGCCUUUUAUUUGCAGCAACGCGUCAGGUUCAGAUUGUAGAAACAUAAUUGGGCGUUCUUUGAUCCUAAUGGGAGAGAUUGGUGGAACCGAUUACAACAAUCCAAUUGUUGAUAAUAAACCAAUCGAUGAGCUCAAUUCAUACGUUCCACUUGUUAUUGAUACCAUCAUCUCAGCAAUUAAUGAACUAAUUAAUAUGGGGGCUCAAACACUGGUUGUUCCAGGAACUUUUCCAAUUGGGUGUUCUGGUAUGAUUCUAACAAGCCAUUUCUUUGAAAAAGAAGAAGAGUAUGAUAACAGAACCGGUUGCCUCAUCAAGUUCAAUACGCUUGCCGAAUACCACAAUGAACUGCUGCAAACAAAACUAAACCACCUUCGAGAGCUUCAUCCCAGUGUCAUCAUCAUCUAUGCUGACUACUACAAUGCUGCCAUGCAGAUUAUCCGUUCUCCAGAUAAAUUUGGUACUUUUUUUUCUUUAACAGCCAGAUAUAUACUAUAA